AUGGCUUCUAGUAAGCUGUUUGAGGGCAUCCCGCCAUUUCCAGACGACAUUCCCACUGUCUCCAUGAAUACAGUGUCGCUCACAGGCCUGCGUGAGAAUGAUGCCAAGGUGGUGGCCGCCUGCAAGGAGCUUGGCUUCUUCUUUCUCGAUCUGCGCGGGGACAGCAUGGGCGAUGCCAUGAUUGAAUGCAUUGACCAGCUGUUCGCCAUUGGCCAGGAAAUCUUCGACCUGCCCGAGAGUGUUAAGCAUCAGUACCUGCACGACAUUCCGCGAAGUUUUCUAGAGUAUGAACGUCUACUGACAAAGACAGAAACGGAGGAGCCAGGCCGAUUCGAAUGGUUCAACCUCGGCCAGGAUGGUCUCAUGGGCAACGCCGACCUGCAGGCGCUCCCGGAAUUCCAGAUUGCCACCUUGAUCAAUCACACGCUCGCCAAGCAGCUCUCGCUGCCGGUCGAGACCUUUGCCGCGGCGCAGCGGCCGACUGAGCUGUCUGGCACGGUGGUGCGUUUCAUCAAGGCAUUCGCCAGCCCCGGCGCCCAGGAUCUCCGCACGAGUAUGAUUCACCACACCGAUUUUGGCUCUAUCACCCUCCUGGCCAACGUCGUCGGCGGCCUACAGGUCCUCACGCCCGGCGACUCGGCCCUUGACGAGGACGCAUGGCGGUGGGUGCGCCCGCAGCCUGGCUGCCUCAUCGUAAACCUCGGCGACGCCAUGGUGCAGUGGACAGGCGGUGCGCUACGCAGCAACGUGCACCGCAUCAAGUACCCGCCUGGUGAGCAGCGUUUUGUUGACCGGUAUAGCCUGGCGGCGCUCUUCCGGCCGGAGCGCAACGCGAGCAUGAAGCCGAAGACGGGCCAGGACCGGGCAGGCGUCGAGGACACUGACCUGACGGCCUGGGAGUGGGAGGUCAAGAUGGCCAUGGCACUUAGCAGGGGAGAGGCGGUGGUAGAGAGCAAAGGUGGCGAACCCGUGGUGCCCCUGGGCCAAGCAGUUGGUGCCGGCCCUGGUGUACACUAUAAGAGCUACGACGAGUUCCUCUCCGCUGAGGAGCUCGCCGGGGUCAUGAACGGCAAGACGGUUGCCCCUAUGGUCCGGAGAUUUGACCUCGAGAUCAAGCGCCAGGUCAAGUACCCCGAUGUGGUCAUUGCCGCUUAUCGGCAGGAAAAGAUUGAGCCCACUCGCAACGGCGGCACCACUGUGCUCUUCUCGCUCCAGCAACAGGCUAUUGUGUCCCAGAUCAAAGGCACAACCACAUACGUCGACGUCAAGACUGGUCGGCCCAAGGAUAUUCGCACUCUCGGUGGCGGCUUUCCAGCCUUGUUCGAGGGAUUCACCAAGAAAUCCGAGAGGGCCAAUGCUCUCCGCGAGAGGUGGGAGCUGGAACACCCGCCCAAGGCUCCUAGGGCAAAAGUUUGA